CAAAUGGUCGCAACGCAAAGUCGCUACUAUUUUGCUCGUCGGGUCCAAAAAAGCGUAAUAAUUUCCGAAUUAGCAGUGGCUGGAUAAAAAGUGUGAAUAAAUGUGGAAGUAUGUUGCACGCCGUAUUCGAGAUGUGUAUGAUCGUACCCACAACGUACUAGACGUUCGCCGGCCGUGCCAGUACGGCGCCGAACGUUUCUGCACUACUGAGGGAACUCAACAUCAACCGUGUAACGAGCAGUUUAAGAUCCAGUUCCGUAAUGAAUACAUUCGGGGCUCGUACUGCUUGCUGAAUGUGGGCAAUCGGCAAAUAACGGUCGCUCCAGAUGGGAGACAGUCCAAUGAAAGUGGAUCGAACAGUUCCGGUCGGGAUGGUUUCCGCCGGAAGGAGUUCUGUCCGUUUCAGCACAGUUGGAUCGGUGCCAUCACUUGGUCUGGUGCCAUAAUCUGCGGAUGGUAUACAAGCAAGCUUAUCUGUUUACACCGCCGUAAUCGCAAGUGGGAGGGGCCUAAAUGUCUACCGUUUUUGAUUUCUUCAGCCCACAAAAUUCCUCGUGAUUUUUACCGCUCACAUUGUCAGGUAAAUGCUUCAUUGUCUGUUCCGCAAUCCCCACCGACCGCAUCGAAUUCUGAACAUCAAGAGCAUCAGGCUACACAGAGACCAACAUUCUUCGGAGUUCCAAUCCCAACGGCAAAACCAAGUCCACUUGCUGAGGUUGAUUUUGGCGAUACCUUUGUCCAUCAGAAGGAUGUAAUUUUUCCGAUAAAUAAUGAACCAAUCAAGAGUUCUGCAGCAGUACCUGCUGAUAGGGCUCAUUCAAUUGAGCAAAUCCAACAUGAGCCUGCUCCUACUGUCGAAUCUGCUAUGCAAAACCUUGUGAGUGUUAUCGGUGAGAUCGAAUACCAACUAGGCGUUCAGAAUUUGGAGGUGGGGGAUUACAGUACAGCGGUGUCCCAUCUGAAGUUGGGAACUAGUCACCAGCACGCUGGAGCUGCGUUUAAUUUGGGAAUUUGUUACGAACAAGGUUUUGGAGUGAAGAAAAGUCCUAGAGUGGCAAUGGAGUGCUACUACACUGCAGCGACUCUUGGCCAUCCACAGGCCAUGUACAAUCUAGGAGUUUACUAUGCUCACGGACUCGGAGGAUUGCGUCGCAGUCGUCGGAUGGCCAAGAAGUAUUUUACUGCCGCCGCCGAUAUGGGUCUACAGGAGGCAAUCGAUGCCUUAGGAGCGAACUAUCGCUCUAGGCGCGAUUCGCUGUUGUCGGCCGGUUCGUCAGCGGGAUCAACACCGGCUGCCGUACCGUUUCAGUUCAAAUUUAAUUAUGACGAGCUGGAGCGCUAUGGUUACGGGUUGAAAAACGCCGAACCGCAGACGGAUCAGAUCGAGUUGCGCCUGGUUUCUGCGAUGGCAUAAUUUACUGCAUAUUUUUCAUUAUAUGUUUCAAAAAUGUUGAUUUGCUACAAAAGUAAAGUUCACAGUCAAAUCUAAGAUUGACUGGAACCUUCAAUUUUACCUAUCUACAUUACGCGUAUCGAAUUAAGCUGCUUCGAUAGUCUAUGGUAUUGUGGUUGAAGUACAGAAAUUUGAUUAAAUUUUCU